ACUAAGUUAGGUUCAGUCUAGGCGUCUGCUAGCUGCAGCUGCGGUUAGUAAUUUUAUUAACUUGUUAAUAAGUCAAUGGUAACUACCGUUCCGGUACCACGACGGUCCACAGCCUCGAGUAUCGCUAUCACCCAUCAAACGAAUGAAUGCCACAGCCACUGCAGUAACGACCAGCUAUAUUAUUAAGAAAACGAAUGCGAUAGAAUGGCAUACUAUUACUAUUACCAAACACCACCCGACCCAUUAUCACCUGUACCAACCACAGAAGAAAUAUCACCACCACAGCCUCCUUUAUUAAUGCUAUCAUCUCCACAGCAACAACAGCAGUUAAAUAUACCACUUCUCAGACCAGUUAUUCCAUCGGUUACAACAUCAAUGUCAAUGAUGACAACGACUACUACUAGUUCUACAGAGCAUAAUGAACAGCAGCAGCUACCCACUCCAAAUACAUUCAUUAGGCAUUGUGAUGAUAUGGGUUUAUUUCACGAUUUACAAAACAUUGUAGUAAUGUCUUCGUUAACUGGACCAACAGGUGAUACAACUAUUAGUACAGCCUCUACAUCUAAUGCUGCUACGGUAAUCACCACGGCAACAUCAACUGGACAACCUACUUCUUCAAAUUUAUUUGACUCAUCGUCGACAGCAAUUGUGACAACCAUGAUGAUGGCUAAUCCAUUUGACGAAACAUUUAAACAAGCUGUAUUGCAACAACAACAAAAUGAAGCUAAUCCAUCAGAAAAUCUUUUCAAUCACAAUGAUAACAAUGAUGGUGAUUUAAACACCCCAUUCAUAGCGACAACUACUGUUGUUAACACAUCCAAUAACAAUACUACUGUAAAAACUUCCACAACGAUAGAUAUGAUUUCUACAACAACUGCAUCAGUUGAAUCUAAUAAGAUGAAUACAACUACUGUACCUCAAUCUCAAGUAGAACCUCAACAAAAUGUUUAUAUCACGUCAACAGCAGAAGUGCCAACUAGAAGUGUCUUAGUUAUGAUGGUGGAGCAUCCACAGCAACAAUUACGCAACUCAACUCUCCCUAUACAACCUGAACAUCACCCACACCAACAAUUAAUCGAUCAGCAUAAAUUCAUUGUUCCAACAACUACAACCACAACUAGUGUUAAUGACUCAACAACAAUAACACACCAUGAUCAAGAUUUUUAUGAUGAAGAAAUUGAUGUUGAUAAUGGCCGUGUAAUCAUUAAUGUCAAUAAUGAUUCAAAUACAAUUAAACAGACUCUUAAACAGAAUCUAUUAGUAAAGCAACUGCUACAGAGGCACCAGAAGCCUCCAUUCAUUACUGAAAGCCGUGACAAACUCGGUCAACUAUUGCAACAGCAGAAUAAAGACAUUGAUAUUGUCACAAAUAUCGAUAGAAUAGAACAUGAAAACUAUAAUAGUAAUGGCCAGGAAGAUGAAGACUGCAAUAGUCGAAAGCAGCAGUUAAAACAGAAACGAAAACAAGAAAUGUUAGAAAGAAACAGGUCAGCCGCGAAACGGUGUAGAAUAAAGCGAAAACAAAGAUGGGAGCUAAUUUCUGAAGAAAAUCGGAAACUGAAAAUCGAAAAUAGUCGUUUGCGUGAAGCUCUUUCAAAACUUGUAAGCCACAGAUGCAGUAACUUACAACAACAUCAAAUAGAACAGCCAGAGAUAAUACAAGGAAUAUUCAAACACAAUGAUGAUGUUUAAAAUUAUGAUAUAUUGUUGCAUUAAUAUUGAGGAUUAAAGUUGUAUGAGUUACAUAUUUUUCAUUAUGCUCCCAGAUAGAUAUUUAAUUUACAAAAAAUUUGUACAAAGUAAAAAAUAAUCCUUUUUAAUAAAAUAAAACAUUUUGGUCAUAUUUUAUUAAGUCUUGGU